GAGCGAGAGUACCUGAUUGCGGUACCUUAGGAUCGCCACAAAGUUUAUUUCACAUUCCUUGAACCUGCACCUGCACGCGGAAAUGAAGAACAUGGUCCGAGGGACGUGGUUGUUGCCGAUUGUCUUGGCGUGCGCAAAUUUAGCCUCAGCCACGGUGCGAACGGCCUACGAGUGGAAAUACGUCGACUACGUUUGGAAGAGUGGCGAGCAGAAAACGGAAGCCGCUGAAUCAGGAUUGUACGAUUACUCCAAGAUCAUACCUUACGACGUCCAAAAAUUAUCGGACGGCCGAAUACUAGUGGCCACUCCGCGGUACUUCGACAAUCCAGCUAGCUUGUCGAUCAUUUCUGAAAAAAGGGGAGCUGGUGGUCCGUUGCUGGCCCCCUACCCCGAUUGGAGUUGGCACAGCGGAAAAGAGUGUUCGGGCAUCACGAGCGUGAACAAAGUAGUCGUCGACGACUGCGACAGACUCUGGCUGGUGGAUUCGGGAAAAAUAGGAAACGAACAAGUCUGUCCGGCCAAGAUACUCCGGUUCGACACGUCGACGGACGAACUGGUCCAGGAAGUCGAAAUCCCGGCUGACCUGGCGCACAAUCCGACCAACGUGACUCAAGGGCGACUCGAACUCCAAAGCGUGGAAACCACCGGAGAAUCGUGCGAGAAAACCUGGCUCUACAUUUCGGACCUGGAGGGUUACGGGCUCGUGAUUUGGGACGGGGACGACGUGUGGCGACUGGACGACGACGUGUAUCAUCCGGACCCCGAACGAACCAAGUUCACGAUCGCCGGAGAAACGGUCGCGAUCAGCCAAGGCCCCAAGGGCUUCGUGGUGACUCCCGAUGGAUUUUUGAGGGAGAGAUUCGUGAUUUUCAAACCGUUGUCUUCGGUCAAAGGGUUUUCGGCGAGCACCGCGGAUCUCCACGACUCCAAAUCAGGCCGCAAGGUCACCUACUACAUCAGCGAUUACACGGGAAUCAUAACGGGACAAGAAAUAACGCGGGCGUUCGCCAAAAGAGGUGGAAUCAUGUUCGGUAGUUUUCCCACGUCUUUGUUCGGCUGUUGGAAUAUUCAGAACCGUUUGGGGCUACCCUAUUUCGGAUUGGUCUCGCUGAACCCGAGGAACCUGCAGUUCGUUAUCAGCAUAAAGGUCACCCUGGAAUCGAACGGGGAGGACCAGACGGUUAUGGCCCUGUCUAACAGAUUGCAAAAAUUUUUACUCGGCACAAUGAAGUUCGACGAGGUGAAUUUCCGAAUAACAACGGCCGACGUUGAUUCAGUUACCGCCUGGAACGUGUGCAGACCGCGCAGAAACGUCCGAGUUGAACGAACCAUCGAAUCCAAGGGAUUCAAGGUUUACGAAGAAAUUCGCAAAAUGACCAGACUGUUCCUAGCGAUUUUGAUGUCGCAAAUUUUCGUCGCGUACGGGAGACGCUGCGAGAGGGAAUUGGUCACCGAGUAUCAAUGGAAGUACAUCGAUUACAACUGGACGAGUCCGGAGCAAAAAGAAGAAGCCAUAAGAUCCGGACGUUACAAUUACAGGAAAAUCGUACCGACCGACACGCAGUAUUUGCCGGAUGGUCGGGUCUUGAUCGUGACACCGAACGACCCCGUGAGCCCCGCUUCCAUGUCGACCGUAUCCCAAAAAAGUCGCAUGAACAACCCUCUGCUGCAACCUUAUCCCGGUUGGAACUGGUACAACGGAUCGUGCUCGGGGAUAACGAGCACGACCAAAGUCAUCCUGGACAAGUGCGGGAGACUCUGGUUCGUCGAUACCGGAAAAAUCGGCAAAAAGCACGUCUGUCCGGCGAGCAUCAAGGCCUUCCGAACUUCGGACGACGCGUUGAUCGAAUCCUUCGAAAUUCCGUCGCACCUGGCGCGGGACGCGCCGGGCAGCGAUGUGGGCCGUCUGGAGAUACAGGCCGUGGAAACCUACGGGAUAGAGUGCGGGAUCACCUGGGUCUACCUUUCGGACGUCGAGAGCAACACGCUGAUCAUCUGGAACGGUCGACACGCGUGGCGACUGAGGGAGAAGUUCUUCGGUCCGGUGAGAAGGGAUGAGAAUUUCACCACCGCCGGAGAGUCGGUUCAUCUGCCGAUGGGGAUUUCGGUAACCGUCAUCACUCCCGCGGGAUACCUGGACCAGAAAUACUUGCUGAUAAAACCGUUGGCUUCUAGAGUGAGCUACGCGGCUAGUCUUCGCGAAUUGCAUCACUCCAUAUCGGGUGCGAAGGUGAAUUACUUCAGGCAAGAACUCGAGCAACCGAGUCAGGGACUGGCGAUCGGUAUUUCGAAAAAUACAGGAGCCGCGCUCGGCAGCUUCGCCGGGGAGGCAUCGAUCUAUUGUUGGAACCUUCAGGACCCUUUGACCAGCGGCACGAUCGAAGUCGUGGCGCGGAACUCGUCCACGUUGCAGUUCGUUACCAGCGUGAAAAUAGUCGAAACACCGUACAGAGAGAGCGAAAAGGUCGUUUUACUAUCGACGAAAUUUCAAAAACAUAUUCUGGGAACUCUGAACUUCAACGUGUUCAACUUCCGAAUACUGACCGCCAAUGUCGCCUGCCUCGUCAGAGGCACGGUGUGCGAACCGAGAAGGGCGACGAUCGAAGACCGGGCUUUCAUUCCGAACCCGUCGUGCUGAUAAUUUUCUAAAUUU